AUGAAGCUGAACUGGCCUCUUCUUCAAACACCGCCUGCAGAGUGUUUAUGGACUCUCCACUUUGCUGUUGCACGCCGCGGGAACUUUCUUUUCGCUGCCGAUUAUUUCCAUGACGGCUUAUUUUUGGAGACAGUGGGAGAAAGGAUAUUUCGAGAGAGUGAACUUGUGACGGGGCGUCAGCCGGCGUAAUGAGUUUUCUUCCUCGUGGGCGACUUGUCUGUGCCGUGUCCAAUCGGAGGCCUUAUAAGGACGGUGGUGGUCGAUGAGUGACGUUCCUUCACUCGUUCGUCAACAGGAAGGAAGAAUCCCGUCUGUUUCCCUGCUGACCUCUACCUCUUCUGACGCUCAGUGGACACACUUUUCUAUCACAUCUACUGUUAACCAUGAUCCAUUCAUCAGUUUUGCAGCUGUCGUCCAAGCCGCCAUUUUUUAUCAAGACACGGCAGAUUCCUGCCUUUUCCUGCUGAACCAACGUGUCUGUCCUUUGUGUUACUGAAGAGAGAUUCUGGGGCUUCAAUUUUUUCUUUUUAUCUUCCUACCUCUUUGCUUUGCCCCUUCCUGUCUGGUCUGAAACACGUGCAGCAUUAUUUUACUUCCACAUUGUCCAAUGCUGUGUUUCGUUGUUUUCUUUUAGGGCACAAACUGAGAAUACAGAAAACAAAUUUUCUAUUAUUUUUGCUCCCGCCUUUUAUUUUAUCUCUUGUUGGAGGUUGUUGGCCAUUAGUUGACAAAGAAAAUCCCACUUGUCUUAGUUGUUUUUUCCAUUUUGUCCACAAUGUGGUCAACCUUUUUUGUGGCAGAUCUGGAGGGCCGCGCCGUGGCCCCGGCGGCAGCGGGAGCUGUGGCGGGCGCCGCCCCCGUAGGAGCAGCCCAGGGUGCGGGGGGUCUGACCAACCUGAUGGGCGGACGCAGCACGUUCGGCGGGAACAAACGCCGCAGGACCACGUCAGCGGGACACUCCAUGAGUGAGGCCCAGGAAGGAAAGAUCAAGUUGGCGUUCUUUGUGGCCAUCGUGGGCGUAGUCCUUACGGUGCUCGGCAUGGGGACAGAGUUCUGGGUGGAGCUGUCACCCUCAAAGUUUUUUUACAACAAUCAGACAUGUCUGACAGCCCACUAUGGCCUGUGGAAGGGCUGCACCAAGACCCUGUGGGUGGCCGAUAUCGACCCAGCGAGGGAGAGCUGUGGACCCGCUGAGCUGCCCGGAGAAUCAAACUGCACCUACUUCAAGUUUUUCACCACCGGGGAAAACGCCGUGAUGUUUCAGAAGACGACGCAGAAGAAUCUGAACGUCGUGACGGCCAUGUUGGCUCUGUUCAGCCUGUUCCUCAUGGUGAUGGGAGCCAUUUGCAUCACCAUGUCUCUCAGUAAGGAGAUCCUGUUCUUCCUGAAGCCGGCGUCCGUCUGCUUCAUCCUGUCAGGCUUCCUGGUGCUUAUCUCCCUCGUGGUCUUCCACCAGUCGGUCCUCGCUCUCCUGGCUAGCGACCACACGGUUCCCCUCCACCACGAGCUCUCCUGGUCGGUGUCGUGCGUCGGCUGCGCGGGGGCCGUCCUCAUGGUGGGCGGCCUCCUCUUCCUGGUGCUGGCGCUGCCCUGCAGCCCCUGGCAGAGGUGCCUCCCUCGGAGGAACAGCAGCACCUAGUGGCCUGGAGGUGCUGUUGCACUUUGAAUGUUUUCCAAAUGACGUCUUAGCAAACACAGACCGCUUUGUCCGGAUGCGUAAAAGGAGGGUGUUGUUGCCGGGAAGAAUCCCUCAGUGAUUCAUGACCCCACAAACUGCAGCGCAACUUUGUUGAUGUUCAGCCCGUUAGUGAGCGAGGACUUCGCUCUGAAACAAAUAGAUACAAAUAUGUUAGUCUUGAUGCGUAGACAUGUUUGGGAAGCAGUUUUGUAUCGUCUUACUAAUCAUCGCGCAGGCAAUUUACUGUUCGUCCAAUAAGAACACACACGUCCAUGAACUCGCUGUCACACAACACUUCAUAUAAACACUUUGUAGACGCAGGAAGAUGUGACUUUAGCCAGCAGGUGGAAUGUUUCUCACCAGCUGGACGUCUAGAUUCACGCGUCAUCAUUCACCAUAUCAUAAAAGUCAACUGUAAAAUGUUAGCUCGUGGAUUUGGUUUAGGAGUUCAUUAAUUAUCCAUGCAGGUACGAAGAGAACGAGCUCGUUCAUUGGUUCUCCGCCUGCGCAUUGUCACGUCUCCCGGGAUUCUAAAGGUGGCGGGCAAUCAACGUACAGUAACAUCCCAGGUACUGUCUUUGGUUUAAACACGUUUAAAGCAUUUAAAUGCCGCGUUUAACUUCGAGUCGGAGUUCGUUGUCGUUGCUCUCGAGUGAACUUUUCUUUUCGACCCAUCAAAAUGAAGAAUACAUCGCUUUUAAAAACUAAUAAUCCCCUAACUUGAUAACGUCAACAUAGUAUCUGCCACUGUCUUAAAAACUCUCACGGAAAACUUAAAAAGUAGGUAAAGACAAACUCAUCAACUCAGAUAUGAUCCUUUGACACAGGACGUCACAAGACGACCUCUUUAAAACAUAAAAGCAUGUGUAUUGAGCUCCACUUUGCUUUUUACCGUCGUAUGUCGGAUGUUUGUUUCGUUGCCGUUCAUCAGUUAACGUUAGGAAAAAGUAUAGUGGGGGUUAUUUUUUUCAUUUCUCCUUUGAUUUUCACUCAUUUCAAGCUCUAAUAUUCAAUAUCCGUGUCUGCUCAUGAACAUGAAUGUGAACGUGGUCCUUUCCUCAUCUCGGACGUGGUGCAUCCCGCUGCAGCGGGAAGAUGAGCGGCGUGUUGGACACGAGGUGUGACGACAGAUAACGGGAAAGAUUUUUAGUAGAGUAGAAGUGAAGUGUUUUUAGCGUCCAGUGAUUUACAGCGUCUGAACAAACCAUCUCUGCAACUCAUUCUCUUUUUUCUUGGACUGAAUCGAUUAUAAUAUUAUUAUUAAACAUGACAUGAAUAUUUAAUGUCAUCCUCUCUCAGGUUUCCGUCUCGCUCUCGUUCUGCACUCGACCGUCGCUCGCCUCCUCAAACGCUGCUGUAUUUUAUUAUUAUGACACCUCCUGAUAAAAAUGGCUGACAACUGGCUGACGCGUCGCGUUCGAGCGUCUGUCCACUUUAAAUGUUACAUAUAUAUUAAAAUGCUUCACGUGAACCACGAAUAUAAUAAACUACUUUUGAGAACCACA